AGUCAGUUAUCAAAAUGUCAAAACACUAACAAUAACAACCACAACAAAAUCGAAUUAUACGUGGAAAAAAUAUAUGUUUUCGUUUUCUAAUAUGAGAUUAUAUUGAAAUGAUAACGUUACGGAAACAAAUACUGUAGUAGUAUUGAUACGAAUUCAUCGCUUAAAAUAUUUGACGCUAUCGCCAUCGGCUCCUGUUUUAAGACUAUUUUGCAGUUUAUUUAAAGUUAUUUAAAAUUAAAAUAAAUCAUGCAUGAGGCUUACGAAGCAUCACAUUUGCUAAAUGCAACAGUUCAGAUCGAGGCUAUUGCAGCUUAUGAUGACAACUUGUUGUUGGGUACGAGGCAGGGUCACUUAUUGAUGUACUCACUAUCAGCGACCAAUGGAAAUCAAAAAUAUGAAUUGCAACUUCUUCGGUAUUGCAAGAAUUUUAGUAAAAAACCUAUUCAGCAAAUUGAAGUUAUACCUGAGGACAACCUGCUGUUAUGUCUCACAGAUAAUCUCUUAUCAACAUAUGAUAUAAAUGGAGUAAAUUUUCCCUUCAUAAAAUCAAUUCCACAAACUAAAGGUGCAUCACUAUUUGCUUUAGAUAAAAAGUGUGCAACAUCCAUGACAGGUGAAUCAAAUUCAGUUGUGCAUCUAUGUGUGGCAGUUAGAAGAAAACUUCAAGUUUAUUAUGGUAAAAAUGGUGAAUUUAAACAACAUCAAUUUGAAUUUACUGUUCCCGAUGUGCCCAAAGUUAUGGCUUGGGGUCAAGAAUAUUUGUGUGUUGGAUUUAAAGCAGAAUACACUCUAUUUGAUCUAUCUUCUGGCAAACCUAAAGAGUUGUUCCCUACCAGUAGUUCCCGCUCACUGGAACCAACAAUAGCCAAAUAUUCAGACAAUUCUUAUCUACUUGGACGAGACAGCACUUCUGUGCUUGUUGAAGAAGCCAAAGAUAUUGAAAUAAAGAAGACCAUCAAAUGGGCAGAACCACCAUUGGCUGUAGUGUGGGAAACACCUUAUAUCUUAGGAUUGCUGACUGACCGUGUCAUAGUCCAGACUGUGGAACCUUCAAUGUUUAUACAGACCUUACCCGACUUAAAUAAAGCAAGACUUAUGUACAGGUGCAAGCGGGGUUUGAUAUUUGUGGCGUCAGUGGGUCAAGUGUGGUGUCUCGCUGAAGUAGACGUCACCAAACAGCGUCAACAACUGCUCAAGAAUAAACACUUUCAGAUAGCCAUUGAUAUUACUCUAAAUUCAGAUUGUUCCCCGGAAGAGAAGAAGCAAACGAUACAUUCAAUACAAAUGCUAAGCGCUCUAGAGCUUUUCGACGAAAAGAAUUACGCGCAGUCCAUGAAAGUUUUCAUACAAUUAAACACAGAUCCGGCGGAUGUCAUCAAACUGUUUCCAGAAUUAGAUAAUAAACCUGGAGCAGAAGAUGAUGGUAAAUUGAAAGGAAAAGAUUUACAAAAUGCGUUAACAGCGCUAAUAAAUUAUCUUGUACAAGUGAGAUUGAAGUUUGCGGAGGCGGUUGAAAAGGGUAACAUAGAUAAUGCUGAUAAGAUGACACCUGGUGCAAGUAGUGAUAUCACCAGCCACAGAAAUGUCACUCAGCAGUUGGAGUUAAUUGAUACAACGCUAUUGAAAUGUUAUUUACAGACUAAUGACGCGUACGUUGCUUCUCUCCUGCGCUUGAACAACUGCCGCCUAGAGGAGGCGGAGAAGACUUUGCUGCAGCACGGCAAGCACAGCGAGCUGAUCAUAUUGUACCGCACCAAGGGACAGCACACUAAAGCGCUGCAGCUGCUGAGGGAGCAGGCCAAGCAGGCUGACUCCAGCCUCAAGGGAUAUCAUCCAACUAAGUCUUAUCUACAAAGUCUCGGUUCUGAACAUAUAAAUUUGAUAUUCAAAUUUUCCGAUUGGAUACUACAAGAGCAUCCAGAAGAAGGUUUGAAGAUAUUCACCGAGGAUAUUGCCGAAGUUGAAAACUUAUCUAGACCGAAAGUUCUAGAUUUUCUAUUACGCGAACACAAGUCUUUAGUUAUACCUUAUUUGGAACAUGUUAUACAUACAUGGAAUGAAACCAAUUCCUUGUUCCAUGAUGCAUUAAUUAGUAUGUAUAGAGAGAAAAUAUUGGAACAUAAGAACAAAACUGGAGGUACCACGGAUGAGGAAGUUAAACAUACUAAAGCCAAAUUACUAGCUUUUCUAGAAAAGUCUACGCAUUAUACACCUGAAAGAGUCAUAUUGCCUUUCCCUAAUGAUUGUUUGUUUGAAGAGAGAGCGGUUAUAUUGGGCAAGUUGGGGAGACAUGAACAAGCGCUCGCUAUUUAUGUACAAAUCUUAGGUGAGGUGGAAAGGGCGAUACGUUACUGCGAGCAAGUGAAGGAGAACUCAACCAGCAAGGGUCCAGAUGUGUAUGUGAUACUGAUGAGGAUCCUGAUGAACCCGGAGCAGGGCGGCGCGCUGGCAGGCCCGCUGGCCAAUGUACCGCGACACCCCAACUCCACCGUGCCCGACCUAGAGACGGCUCUCGCUAUACUGGAGAAACAUGCUGAUCAUAUAUCACCUGUAAAGGCGCUAUCAGUGUUGCCAAAUUCAGUGCCUUUGGUCCGCUUGAAGCAUUUCCUGGAGAGUGCGCUGGAGAGGCAUUUGACUGAGAAGAGGAAGAUGCAAGUCCUUAAAGGACUCUUGUACGCUGAACAUCUUCAGGUGAAAGAAGUGAAACAUUAUCACGAGUCAAAGAGUAUUGUGAUACAUGAUUACAAUGUAUGUCCUGUUUGUAAGAAGAGGUUUGGUAACCAGAGCGCAUUCGUUCGCUAUCCAAAUGGAGAUAUCGUACACUUUUCAUGCAGUCGAGACAGGCAAUAAUAUUCCAGUAGCUGUAUUAUGUCACCGAACGAUCGUGAAUCUUGCAACUUUAUAGUUUGUCUAGACAAAUUGAGAGUUAAAAAAUUGGAUAUCGCAUUCAUUCACAAAUUAACGACUGCCAACAAUUUGCGGUUUACAAAAUGCUGAAAUACACGUUACUUAGGCAAAUUACAAACAAAUGGGAUUCA